AUGUUGCGUAAUCCUAGUCCACAUCAAAUAGGUCGAUACUUAUAUGAGGUCAUUGCGGUCCCGCGGAGCCGCUCCCUCGGCGGGGCCGUGGGCAGCGUGGCGUCGGGGGCCCGCGCGGCGCAGUCCUCCUUCAACAUCCCCAACAGCAGCAGCGGCCCGUACGGCUCGCAGGACUCGGUGCACAGCAGCCCGGAGGACGGCGGCGGCGGUGGCGGCGGCGGCAGCGGCAGGGACCGGCCGGCGGGCGGGGGCCCCGGCGGGCCGCGCCUGGUGAUCGGCUCCUUACCAGCCCACCUCUCGCCGCACAUGUUCGGAGGAUUUAAGUGCCCUGUAUGCUCAAAAUUUGUACCAUCAGAUGAAAUGGAUUUGCAUCUUGUGAUGUGCUUAACAAAGCCAAGAAUAACCUAUAAUGAGGAUGUACUGAGUAAAGAUGCUGGGGAAUGUGCAAUAUGUCUUGAAGAACUGCAGCAGGGAGAUACUAUAGCACGGCUGCCUUGUCUAUGCAUAUAUCAUAAGGGGUGUAUAGAUGAAUGGUUUGAAGUAAAUAGAUCUUGCCCUGAGCACCCUUCGGAUUAAACAUUGAUUCCUGUUUUAUAGGUUUUCUUGUCUUUUCAAGAUACUUGAAAAAUCGAGAGGAUAUGAGAAUCUGUCUCUGGAUACACAGAAGCCUGAGUUCUGUGAGAUGUGGUGAUACAGAGAAGGACAGCGUGCAGGAGAGCAGUGCUGUCGCACGCAGAUGGCACACUUAGCACAGAACUCAGAGCACCAGACCCACAGAGAAAGGACACACAGGGAUUCUGAAAAUGCUGCACAUCCCUUACUAGUCAUCCACAUAGGUACACUGAGAAACAUUUUGUAUUCCGACGCCAAAGUUAACUGCUUUAAAAGUUGAUUUACUUUUUAUUAAGUUCUCUAGAGCUGCGCAACUCAUUGUGUUAUGGUUUGUUCUCCUUUUCUAGUUUGGGGUCUCUUUUCCCCAGUGUAAUGUUUCUGCAUUCAUCUAUUCUUAAAUUGCAAACCACAUAAUUCUCAUAAAUUAAAGUCUUAAAUGUGAAACCAAGAAAUGUAAUCAAGCAGUAAAAUGUUCUCUGAAUGAAGACUAUGAUCUCAAGUUCUUCCAUUUUCCCCCCAAGAGUGGAAAAUAGACUUCUACAUAGGAAAGCUAAAAUGUGUUAGUAUUUUUAAAUUAAAGGUUUAAUAUUAUCAGAAUGUAGUCCAAAGAGUAAAUCAAAUUGCAUAAUUACAUCUUAAUUAAAUGUGGCAUUGUCUACUGAACUGCAGUUUAUGGAAUAUGUCGUUUCUUCUUAAAUAAAACUGCCCAGCAGUUACUCAGCAGUGAAUCAUCUUGCAGCUAUGCAACUUUUCCAGAAAUAUGAAUUACCAGUUUUAAGUACUGCCAGAUAUAAUAACUUUGUUUUAACGGGUAUUUUUUGUUUAUUCUUUUCAUGUAAUUAUUUUAUUGUACUUUGCAUCUCCAGGCAGUUUUCUCAAAUUUGGGUCAAGUGUUUAGUAGUUUGUAAACAUAAUAACUUAUGAAAAGGGUAAACUAAAACUUUCUGGGGUGGAGCCUGGAAUAAUUUGAGGGAUAUUUUAUAUACCUUUAAAAAUCAGAAUUGUGAUGCCAGAUUUAUAGCAAUUUGCAUCUUUAAUUUUCCAGAUACUCUGGAGAUUAGCAUUUGAUAAAUGAUUUUUAAAGCAAAUAUGAUAAUUUUGUUAAUUUAUAAUUUAUUAAUGUUAUUACUGUAAUUGAAAAUGUUAUAAAGACUUUAAAUUCAGUCAUAUAGAAAGAAAUGUAUUAAGCAAAAUUAUGUGAAUAAAUAUCCCCAUAAAAUAUAUCUGAAUGGUUAAAAAUACUGGAAGAGAGCUAUCAAGGCUACAAUAGUGAAUGUCUUUUUCUUUUCUUUUUUUUUUAAAUAUCAAAAAUACCAGUAAGAAAGUUUGGUGUUUUCAACAUAGGGAAAAUGUUAUCAGUUAUUAGGCAGUGCACUUUACUUGGUAUAAUUGAAAGUUGCACUAUUUCCUUAUUUUAAGCUUUCUUUUAUGUAUUUAAGUAUAGCUUUUUUAUUUAAUGCUGCUCUUCUCUGAAUUUUUUUCUCUAUUGCUUCUGUUUCAUAUUUUUUACAAGGGCAAAUACAGGAGCAACUGCUGCUACCCAUUAAAAUUUGUAUAUUAUAAAUAAUUAAAAGAAUUUUUAAUUGCUUUCUGUGUGAUUUGAGACUGGAUAACAUUUUCCCUAAGGCUACGCUGUGAAAUGCCUUUUGUCAAUGCUGCAAUUGCUCAGAGAAUCCAAGACCUCCAUUGUGACAGCUGACAGCACAGUUCGCAUAGGUGCUUCUCAAGUAGUUUUGGAAAAUACUCCUCCCUCGAGGGAAAUAGUCUUUCCUUCCAUUCUUUCUGUUACCAUGAAAUCUUAAUUUGAAUCCAUUUUAUUUCACACUUUGAAUUUUGUGAGCUUUCACACUCUUCCCUCCCCUGAGUAAACGCUUUUAGGAUGUAAAGAACCAAUUUGUUUUCUACUGUUGGUAUGUUACUGUGAUCAUGAUAAUUUUGUUGUCUUCCUUUCUUAAAAGACAUUUAUUACAGCUGUGGUAAUCAGCUGUUUCUGUUCUCCUGGGAGUUGAUUUUCUGCUACAGGUUUUGACGUGUGCUGCUUAAGUUCACCUCUUCUCCUUUGUUUUCUCUGUCUUCCUAGACUAGCCUCUGUCAUAAGCUUCUGUGCUGUGGCUGCUCCUCUGGUUUUAGAGAAAGCUCAGCGUUUGUCAGUUGCUGCUUGAUUAUUAUAUUUGUCUCAAACAGUAGUUACUUAAUCUGUUUAGAACAAUCCCUUUUUUGUUAAAAUUUACAAGGUGGCAUUUUUACUUUAAAUUCCAUCUGCAAUGCCUUCCUAAAAAGAAUUUAGAAAAUGGAAAAAAAAGUUUAUAAAGCCCAAGUGCUCCAAUUUUUAAUCUCAGUCGUUACUCUGGAAAAUAUUAUAAGUAGUAUUCUAUUUAAUGUCACUUAUAAUAUUUGCAAAUCCAUAUACAGAUACAGAGUAGUGUAAGAAAGACAUAAAAUCAUGUUAGAUUUUUAAAUAUUUAGCUGAAACUGUAGACAACUAAAUAUUAUAGAGACAUAAUAAAGAUUGAAAGCUUUGAUUUUCUUUUCAAGUGGGGUAUGGCUUUCUAGAAUCUUCCUAAGUAAUCUUCAUGUGAGAUCACCUGCGUGUGUAUGGAAAGCAGUAUGUUCUCAGAUUUCAUUUUUGUGCCUCUUUGCCUCUGUAGUGGACUGAUCACCAGUUUUGACUCAUCUUUCUUGGUAGGGCACUUUGUAAAAUUUGCCCUUGCCAGAAUGUUGAAGAGACAGUAAAAUUAUACUCUUACUUUUGGCUGCUUGCCAGAGAAAUAGAGUAAGCUUGGUCUUAAUAUAUGUUUCUCAGAUUUGGUUACAAAUCAGUUUAUAGAUUGUAUAUUAAGAGAUGUUUAUGGUUGCAAUAUUAAUAGUGGUUUUUAUAAUUGAUAUUUUGUGAUCACAAAAACAAGAUUUAAAGUUAUGUUAACUUUGCAUUACAUAUAGCUUUUGACUUCUUAAUGCACAUCUUAUACUUUAAAUGCUGUGCUGCUGUUGCCUUUUUCGCCCACCAGUCCAAAAAUGACUGACAGCCGCCUUGCGCACAUCUGCAGUGUGCGUCUCCUAAAGAGUGCAGUCUGAGUCAGUUCACCCAAGUGGCCGAUUCCUUUGCAAAGUUUGUUGGGCUCACAGCUGUGUUUCUGUGUUUGGGUAUAGUAAAGUUUAAGGGCAGUCAUUAGAUAAUGAUACUGUAGCAAGCAGUGGGGAUGUUCCUGUAAAUGAAAGAUGAUAAAUUCCAUGUAAGUGUUACUUAGCUUCACGCACUGACUUAGUGAAAGAAGGGGAUUUUCCCAGCAGUGGGCUACAUUUGAACAAAGCAUGAGACUGCCUGAAACUUGAGAAUAAUUGAGUUAUCAUCUAAUUGACAUCCACACUAUGCAUUGAUGAUAUCUAAAGUAUUCUCAGAGGAAGUUUCCCUAUAAAUCAGAUUGUCAGAAACUAUUUAAAACUACCAAGAGGCCAGUGAUGCUUAUGUGAGUUAUAUGAGAACUACGCUAUAUAUAGCUGCAGGAGAUCUUACAGUUCAUUUGGGCCAUUUUCUUGCAAUUUUGAUUUAUCCUAAGAUGAACUCUGUGUGUACUGACAAUGGAUGAUUAGAUGUGAAGUAUACCUUGUCUUAAUGUAUAGAUAUUUUUCUUAGUUAAAAAAAAUUCUAGCAUGCCAGUUAUCUUAUCUUUGGCCCAUUCCCUGUUAUUAUUUUUUUUUCUUUAGAAUUAUCCUUGCUGUGUUGUGAAUAGCAAUAGUUAAAUUGUAUCUACCAUCUUUCUCUGCCAUAUCUUCUCAUUUUGAAACUAAAUUGCUGCUUGGUCCACUCCUAAUAGCAUUUAUAUUCAGGAACAGCUGGUAAAACUUUUGGUAAUAACUUACACAGACAGUACUCUGAAUACCAGAUCUGUGAAUGGUAUACUUGAGCCAGGAAGCUGAAUAUCCUCUUUAUGGUCACAAAAUUCCUUCUUUAAAUGAGAAAUACCUUGUCUCCUAAGUCAGCUGAUUCUCUGUGGAAAGUAAAAGGCAUUAAAGAAAACCAAAUAUAGUAAUAUUUAGUUGUAGUUGAAAAUGCAGCAUUACAGUAGUUAAGGGAGUUGGUUACUUUCAGAUGUUUAAGCUUUCAUUAAUUUUAGACCAAUGAUUAAAAUGAGAUAGAUUUUUAGCUGUUUAUUCCUAAUACUCAAAAGAACAGCAUGGCAUAAACUAACAUCCCAAAUGAAAAAAAUGGAAGUGACUUUGCAGUCUCUGUUUAUCAAUAGUCUUUCUUAGCUCUGCCCUGUGCUGUGGAGCCACUGUCAGGGCCCAAGUCUUGGUGACAGAAGUAUCUAAAUUCUCCCAUUACAAAUUCUUCAGGCCUUCCUUUUCUGACUUGGAUAUGUUGAAUAGGUACUGGUGAUUUAUGUUUGAUAGCUGUAUACCGUUAGUAAAGCUGGUGCCAGAAUCUUAAAACAUGUAAUUGCCAAGUCAGUAGCAUUUAAGUACCCAUGUGCAUAGAAUGCAGUUAGCAGACCCUGUGGGGAGAUGCAAAAGAGAUUUUAGACUUAAGUGAUGACACACAUAAUCAGUUCAUACAUUUUACUUCUUUGCAGUGUUUUUUUAAUUUGAGUUUCAUUGUUUGAAAGUCAUAAUAGAUAAUAAUAGUAAUAAUAAUUUCCUCUGUUGCUUUAUUCGUGGUUUCCAAAACACUUCUGUAAUUAUCUCUUAAUUUCUCCUAUUUGAAAGUAUUUUCCUGUUAAAUAAAAUAUCAAAAGCAUCAAUCACAAGAAACAGAAAGUGUAUCAGUAAUAACUUGUGUUAGUAUGUUCUAAACUGAAAUGGGACAAUUCAUUAUUGACAUUUUAAUAAAUAAAACUUCUAAAUGAUCUUGAUAAAUUUUCCCUUUUUUAGAUGUAGAAAAUAAAAGAAUACUUUGAAGGAAUUUGUCAUAAUCCUCCCUUAUGUCUAGAAGUUGAUGUUACAUUACAAUAAAACAAAAAUAUCUCAAUGCUGAAAAAUCACCAUAAAUAACUGAUGUUAUGGCUUCUUUAUUUUCGUAUGCACUUGACCAUAAAAUUGAAUCCAAAAUUAAGUACAAUUCUGUAAUGACCUAAGAAAUGACUGUUGUAGUUAUAAUGGAAAAAUAGGUUUUCAUUGUAACCGUAAGUAAAGAUGUACUCUGAAAUUUUAAAUUUAAAACUUAUUUGUAAAUUUUGUAACUGAAAUGUGACUGGAGAGCUCUUAAGUUUUGGGGACAGAUGAUCUAGUACAUAAUCAUAACUUUUAAAUUUAGUUGUAUAUUUGGUAACAUUCCAUUAUGUUUUAAAAAAGAAGAGGAAAUCUUUUGUGAAGCACAGCUUUCCUGAUGAGUUGAGUUUUGCAGUGAGGUGGUUAAGAACAUGGGUUCUGGAGCCAGACUGCCUGUCCUAGCCAUCUCUGAAGAUCAGGCAGCAUGGUUUCUCUGUGCCCCACCUUUGUAAAAGGAAGUAAUAACCCUAUUUCACACGUCAGGGUUGUUGUAGUCAGUGGAAAGGUACAUUUGUGCAAGACUAGACACAUAGUAAACACUUAAUGAUGUUAGUGGCUAUUAUAAACAGUAGAAAUAUUUAUAUCCAUUUAUGAACAAUUUUUGUACUCUCCAGUCAUGAGGUAUAGUAGUAAUAUAUAAGACUUUAACUGAUGUGUGUAAAGAGGCAUGGGUAUAAUAAAGAACAUUAUGGGUUGUGAUUCCUGCUGUUACUGCAGCCUAGUAAUAAAAAGCAGCUAUACAUUAGGCACUACUUGAUUCUGUGGACUGCAACUGACCAACAAAAUAGCAGUGAAAUACAACUGACCCUGCAAUCGAGAGAAUGACAUAUGCUCUGAGAAGACAUAGACAUCAGCUGUUUUGAAGGCACAAAGAAGAGUUAGUAAACUCAGACUAGGCAACAGAAUGAUUAAAGCCUUUAGAACAACAACAAAAAUCAUAGCCUAGGGUAUGUGGAUAAAGGAACAUGUGAAGUGGAAAUUUGGGAAGGGUUUUCAUAUGCAAAAAUUUGAGAAACACAUAACAGUCUUGGAGAGCUACUGUGUUUAGAGAGGUAAGCAAACAACAAGUCAUGAAGAAAUGUGUGUGCCAAGCUGAUUAAGCAAGACUCUGAUUCUAGAGGAAUGAGACUGGAGGCAGAGAAAUCUGUUAGAAAAUGUAUAGUGUUUCAGGCAUGGUGCUGAGAGACUGAACUACAGCAAUGGCACUAGGUAAAGCAAAGACAAAAGAACUUAAUGGUUUAGGAAGCAGAGUUGACUCAUCUUGGCAACCGUUUGGAUUUAAGGGAUCAGAGACAAGACCUGGACAACUUCUUGUUCUUUUCCGACAGCUUGAAGGGUUAAUUUCUACCUGGGAAAAGGUGAUUAUGCUUGUAGUAUCUGCUGGAGAAACAGAGAUCAGGAACACCAAUUCUAAAAUGAAGGAAUUGGAUCUUGAGGGGCAACAGAUCCUUGAGAGAGUAGCUGGACAAGGAUAAUUGGCAAGUUGUGGGAAAGCGAGCGGUGUGUGUCUGUGUUGUGUGUGUCUGUCAGACCCCACAAAUGCCCCAGCAGUGGUUCACACUAAGCUAGCAGCAACAGCUCCUUAGUUGAGUUGGAUUGCCCCUGGUAUCCCCUGGCUCCUGAGCUCUGUACACCAUUAGAAUGGGGCGGUCUUUUCCCAGGUUGCUUAGAGAAUAUGCUGAGAUGCACUUUGAAUCAUUCUUGGGGGUUUUCUCUUUGAUAGACUUGUCCCAUAUCCUUUCCAUUGCCAGUCCUGUCAGAUCUUUGAAACAAAAGUCAAGCUACUUUUGGAACCAGGGUGUUAAAGAAGUAGACAUGGAAGAUGGAUCCUGUGGUACUACUAAUGGAUGUUACUCUUAAGGUAGGUUGGAUUAGACGAGGUAAGAGGACUAAAGAAAUAUACUAUUGCUUGGAAAUAGAUGUGUUGCUGCUGGCCACAUUAUAAUUUCUUUUGUUUAGCAAAGGAUGGGAAAUGAAGGCUGGUCAGCUUGUAUUUAGUUCUUAGAGGAGCAGCACAGACUUCGGGAUAUAUCCUUGUGGGUCAAGGAAGCUACUUCAUAGAUUCCCUAAACUAAUCCAUGUUCAUGGAAACACCAUGCAAGCUAUCGGAGCUUCUCUUGUGGAUGAUCUGAGAUUGCCCUUAGACCAGGAAUUCCCACACACUAAGGCCUGUGAGGAUAAUGGAGACUUGACACCUCAGAGGGAACUCCCUGUAUUUAUAAGUAUCACUACAUGGUUUAAGAGUUGAUUUCUCACACAUGGUGUGUAAAAGUCAUGUUUCUGUACUACUUAAGUGAUGCUAUGAUUAUAAAACAGAUUUUAAGUUCUAUAUACUGCCUUACUUGCAUACUUUUAUUUUCCACAAACUUUUGAAUUUGAUGUCUUUUAAUACGGAAUUUUAGGUUACACAACCAAAAGAGAGCUUUGCAGUAAAGUCAUUUUGAGAUUCUAAUGCUUUCUGACUGACUCGAUCAUGUAGCUGGAGAAAUAGUUGGGUAACUGAAUGUAGAUUGCACAAUUGUUAUCAAUGUAAAUUUACUUCAGAAAAACACCAGAUAACCAUGUAUCAUGAACCUGUCACAAUAACUCAUUACUACUUGAAUUAAAAUGUGAGUAAAUUUGUAAAUGUCUUGAUGAUAUCAGUCAGGGAGUUCCAAUGAUGUACAGUUCAUCCAUUAUUAGGUUCAGACAUGCGAAGGCUAAAGGCCUGCUGUGGGUAUAUAAACUAAAUAUCCCAGCUGUUGGCAUUUUAGCUUGCAGUCCAUAUAGAUGAUUAUCAGAUAAUACGUUGUUUUUUCAGUAUUUGAAAUCCAGUGUGUAUUUCACACUUAGAGCACACCUCUGAUCAGAACUUGAUGUUUUCAGUGCUGAAGAGUCGUAGGUGGCCGUGUCAGUUCUGGGAAGUCUGGCACUCCUCCCUCUCAUACAUAUUUUCAAAGGUGUCCUUGGUCGUGAAGACUCUUGGGUCUCAAAGUUGAUUUAACUACUCUACAGUAAUUACUAGUACUAAAUUGAGGCAAUUUCUUAAUUUUUUCAGUGAGAAGGACUGGUUGUGGCCUCUUCUGUGUGCAUUCACAGAUAGUGUUGUGCAGAUUUUUGGAAAGAACACAGAGUUUGAAUAACUAGCCAGUUUCAUAGUUAGAGGUUGGUGUGUUCCCGAGAUGUUUGCCAAAUGAUUGAUAGGAAUUGUGAACACGGCAGGAGAGUGGCUCUAGUCAGAUCUGGCCCCUGCGUUGAGCUCUAGGGAGGCGUUUUCAUGAGUAUUGGACUCUCCAGCUUAGGUGAAUUUCUGCCAUGUCUGUACUCACACUGUUAAACCUGUCCACCAGCCGCUCAUUCACAAAACUGAGACUCUUCAAAAUGCAGUGUGAGAGGCACCAGUAGUCAAGUCUAAGUUCUCUUCAGUAAGAUGCUUGUUAGUUUGCCUAGGGACUUUGUGCUGAUGUGCCAUGGUGGCUGGAGAUGGAGGUAGGGGUCCGUCGGGAGUUUGUCUGUAAGAUCGGGUUACACAUGGGGAAGGUAGACAAGGCACUACACACUUCUGCUUUGAGAUUUCCAUAAGCCAGUGGUUCUUGGCAUUUAGCUAAACAUUCUCAGGAGGGAGGGAGGGAUUACAGAGGAAGCUCUUUAUGCACAUUGACCCCACCCCCGAAAUUCUGAGUUAAUUAUUGGUAAGAUUCUGUUGUAGAGCUAGUGUACAGCUUAGCUAGGAUUUUUUCACAGGCCCCCAAAUAGGGUGUCAGAGGAGGUGCAGACAGCAGGCUCGCCUCAGACCUCUGCAGCUAGCUGUAGCUGCAUUCCCUUCAUUUCUGUUUCCUACUUGAUUGAACUCUCCGCCCUUUCUGGAUGAGAGAGCUGCGUGGAUGUCUUUGUGCAUUCUCCCACCUCUGGUCUGGGUCAGACUGCCUAUUCAGCCACACUCUGGGCUCUGCCUUUCACAGCAAAGCUUGCAGACUGCAUAUUCAUUCAUAGUCUCUCUCGCCCUCUCUCUCCCUUUCUCCCUCUCUCCUCUUCCUCCUCCUUUCUUCCCUUUUCCUCUCCCCUCCACCCCUCUCCUUUCCAAAUAAAUCUUGUUAAAAAACAGUUGCUGGAUUCCUGAAAGCCCAUUGGCUCCAGCAGAUCAAAGCCUUUUGGGUCUCAGGCCCUUAUCUCUUCCUUUGGACUUAAAAACCUCAACUUUGACACUCAGAAUUGAGUAAUGAUGUCUCUGUUUUAUCCCCCUUAUUCUCCCUAAAGUGGCACCUACCACUGAGUCACUAAGUUGUCAUAAGCAGCAGAGUACAGGAGGAACGAAAAAAUACAGCAGUUAAUAAUUGAAAAUUAGCACUCUGUUACACUCAGCCAUUGGAAAGCCACUGAGGCCUACACAUGACCGACUUGUCUUUCAUUCUUGGAGUGCUGCUGGUAGUCUUUGGAAUUCUUACCAUGCUGAAGGAUGGGAUUUAUUUCUUGGACACUGAUGGAAGAUGCUGUGUGAGGCACUGCAUAUACACUGAUGGGGGGAGAUAGUUCCUGGCCUUAUGGAGCUUAAGAAUCAGUGUUCCUAAAAGACUGGUAUUCAGUUCGAAUAAAACAUACUUGACAUGCAUGUUUGAAACCUAGUUCUUACUAAGUAUAGUCUCAGAUCGUACAGGCCUUCAGGUAGUUAGUGGAAACCCCUUUAUUUAAGGUGAUGGCUUCAUACCUUGUGCAAGACUCUGCUGUGUCAGCGCUGAAACACGGGAACAGGCGAGAGCAGAGGCAAGCACUGGGAAGAGCGGGCUGCAGGAUAGCUGGCCAACCAUGGGUUUGUUUCUGUCUUUAGAGGCUUAUUUCCAACCUAAGAAUGGGGUCACAUUUCUGAUCACAUUUUUUCUUUGCUGCUUUUUAAAAGCAAUUUUAUUAGACUAUAGUUUACUUACAACAGAAACACCCACUGUGAGCAUACUGGAUGAUUUUAGACAGACGUCCACACAUAGAGGCCAUUUGCAUCAGCCCAUCCACGCAGCCCCUAGCACAGCAGCCGUCGCUCUGCUUUGUGUUGCUGUAGCUUUAAUGAAGCCAUUCAAUGUGCACUUCACCUGUGUAGGUUUCAUUUUGCUUGGCAUAGUAUUUGUGACAAGUGUCAGUGUUGUUGCUUGAAUCAAUAGCUCUUUUCCAUUGCUGAGUAGUAUUCCAUUGUACAAAUAAAUAUGCUACAAUUUGUUGUCACUCUAUUGGUGGGCACACUGGCUAUUUCUAGUUUAGGACUUUUUGAAUAAAGUGGCUAUGAGCAUUUGUGUACCAAUCUGUGCGUGGACAUGUGAUUUCAUUUAUUGUCAAUAAAUACCUGGAUGUGAAA